AUGAGGAUCUUCCAGGAGGAAUUAGUGCGUUGCAGGAGAAAACAGGUCUUUCCACUGAGCAAGCCACGUACGACAGCUUUCGACGUCGAGACCACGUACGCGGAGGUGGUCCGAGACAAGAAGAAUCGUGCGAAGAAGUACCAUGGUCCAGAUUCGCAGCUGUAUUCGGCGAUUUAUCCUUUGUUUUGCAUAAUGAAGGUGUUCGGUUUGGCGCCAUACGACUUCAGAGGCGACGAAAUCGUGCCAUCGAAAGCCUGCCUUCUAUUUUCCUUCGCUUUCAUGGUUCUUUAUUGCCACAUCAUGUAUAGGGUGUAUAUAAGAUUCAUUUCCGUUAAAAGGAAGAAAGCGUUUCUUAACGUGGUCGAGACUACUAAGGUAACCAUCAACUACUUCGUCGCUAUGUACGAGCUCGUUGCGACGAUAUUCAGGAGGAAAGCAUUGAGCCAAGUUUGGAACGCUCAGCAAGAUUUGGACGAGAGGCUGAGCCAACUAGGCUACCCACGCAAAGAGACGAAAACCGAGAUCGCGAUGUGGACUCUUUUGAUCAGUCAGAUCGUUGUCUGGACGGCGGUUAAUCAGAGUGGGAUGUACGCUUUUGGAGAGACUUGGCUGUUUAACGUGAGCUACAUGUGCAUUUACAUCGGCACCGCGAUAUCCGUGUAUAAGUUCAUCGGAAUGGCCAGUUUUCUCGGUCAACGCUUCCAUCAGCUCAAUAGGAUCGCCAAAGAGAACUUACCUCCUAGCGUUGGAUACAAAAGCAGUACAGUCAGUAGGCAGACCAUCCAAGAUUUGCACAACCAGUUGAUGCUAAUCAGCGAGACACUGAGUUCUCUUUAUUCGUGGUCGCUAUUGUUCUGGGUUGGAAAUCUCGGCGUACACAGUAUCAGCAAUCUGUAUUUCAUCAUCGAUAAUAUCAUCUUGUCGGCCUAUAAGGACAUAACUUGGCCUAUGAUACUCAACAUGUGUUGCUGGCUGAUCGGAUUUGUCACGCAGCUUUUGGCCAUUCACGUCGCCUGUGAUUAUACGAUAACAGAGGCUAACUUCAUGGGUGCGAUCCUCAUCGAAUGGGAAGCGAGAACGAUUCGGAGAUUUCCUCACGAUGAUUCCGUUCUUACUUCGCUGAGCUUUUUGAAUAGACGGCUCCAUUUCUCUGCCGGCGGCCUUUUUGAUAUAAAGUUGUCAUUGCUCUGCACGUUCGUCGGAGGGAUGUCGACGUAUCUAAUCAUCCUUUUGCAGUACCUUUGA